AUGAUAGGAUCGAAUACAAUCAGAGUUGUUUUAAAUACUUAUGCAUACACUCGGAAAGUUUUUUACCAUGCGAGAUCACGGCAGCUUAAUGAUACAGUAUCGAAAUUACUAAGCUCGAAAAAAGAAAAAUCGGUAAACAAAGACGUUGACGAGGAUGCGAAAACUAUACUCAAAGUACCUCGAGGUACGCGAGAUUAUCAUCCACAACAGAUGAAAAUUCGUGAAGAUGUUUUUCGCAAUAUUAUCGAUUCUUUUAAGCAACAUGGCGCGACAACCAUCGAUACACCUGUUAUGGAAUUGACUACAUUACUACGAGAAAAGUAUGGUGAAGACUCGAAAUUGAUCUAUGAGUUAAAAGAACAUGAAAAUGAAGAUUUAUUAGCAUUACGUUACGAUCUAACUGUUCCCUUUGCGCGUUAUAUAUCGCAAAACAAAAUCUCUGCAAUGAAACGUUAUCAUAUCGGUAAAGUUUAUCGUCUUGAUAGCCCAAAAAUGACCCGUGGUCGCUACCGAGAAUUCUAUCAAUGUGACUUCGAUAUUGCUGGUGCUUAUGAUCCGAUGAUACCAGACGCGGAAUGUGUGAAGAUACUGAUUGAAAUUCUUGACAAACUCGCAUUAGGACAAUACAGAGUUUCUAUCAAUCAUAGGAAGCUACUCGAUGCUAUAUUUACGGUUUGUGGUGUGCCGGCGAAAAUUUUUCGUUCACUUAGUUCGACUAUUGACAAACUCGACAAGAUUCCAUGGGAAGUUGCUCGGAACGAAAUGAUUAAUGAACGAGGUUUAUCUCCUGAAAUAGCUGAUAAAAUUUGGAGUUAUGUGCAACUGCAUGGCAAUGUCGAACUAAUUGAUCGACUUCGAAAAGAUUCACAAUUGAUAUCUGAGAAACUCGCUGUUGAAGCUCUACAUGAUCUUGAAUUACUCUUUCGAUACUUAAAGUUGUUCAAUGUAACAGAUAAAGUUGUAUUUGAUUUAAAAUUAGCUCGUGGAUUAGAUUAUUAUACCGGUGUGAUAUUCGAAGCUAUUCUCACAGAAUAUCAAUACAAUCCGCAACUUGAUGACGAUCAAAUCGCUAUGGGAAGCAUUGCUGGAGGAGGAAGAUAUGAUGAACUUGUACAAAAAAUUGAUCCGAAACAAAGACGAGUACCAUGUGUAGGAAUUAGUAUUGGCGUGGAAAGGAUAUUCGCGAUUAAAGAACAUCAAUCAUUGGAAUCGAAGGAUCAAUUGAAAAUCCUUUCGACAGAAGUGUAUGUUGCAUCGGCAGAAAAGCAUCUCCUAGAAGAACGUAUGAAAGUAUGCAAUUUUCUAUGGGAGAAUGGUUUUCAGACUGAAAUGGCCUAUAGACAAAAUCCAAAGUUACUUGAUCAACUACAAUAUUGUGAGAAGUAUCACAUUGGAUUGUGUAUUAUUAUUGGAAAUACUGAAUUAAACAAUGGCACAGUGAAAAUUCGUCAUGUCAAUACCCGAGAAGAGUUUGUUAUUCCACGCGAACAAUUAGUCGAACAAUUGACUUUGCAUUUGAGUAAAAUUCGACAACGAUAG